UCUGAGAGAAGAUGUCUCGCUGCGCCAUUGCAUGUGCGGCCGCAUCGACUUCUGCGAAGCACACAGAUGCCGAUGCAGUAUAGGCAUGCAAAAAACAAAGUUCUCCGCGCGAAUCCGUAUUCUCAGGCAGUUUUGGCCGACUACGGUCACAGACUACAUACUGAGGAAAACAGUGCCAGUGCGAAAGAGUUAGCGGGAUCGAGAGAGGACCCUUUUCGAUUCCGUUGUUGGGAAUUACAACUACGUACCUACUAGUACUUUUGUUUUUACUUAUCUUUUUUCAUCAUGCGACAGGGACAGAGCCCGUCAAAGAAAUCUUGAUUACUUGGCAUUCCGCCACUGUUCGCUCUUGCGAUUAUUUCGGCAUCUUGAUGUUUGUCUUCUCUUCGUCUCCGUAAAUGGUAUCGCUUUCGUCCGUUCCGCGGCAAAUCAUCCAUCACCACUUAUUUUAUGGUAACUACGACGGACAUCCGCCGGGCGAUCUCGAACUCGCCAUCUCCACAUUGCGGCGACCCAUGACGCCACAGUUGACACAAGAUGACAGCGACGAGCGCGCGUUGAUUUUUCUUGCCGGCGACAGCAGUCUGGACAACAAAUUUUGGCUCGGCCAGCGUGCACAGGCGCUAAAUGGCUACGAAAAUAUCAUCCUCCCCCCUCUGAUGAAGCAAGACGUUUGCUUCUGGAUCAACUCCUACCUGAUCAGAAAAAAUCUCCACGCAAAUACCGCCUGCGUCAACUGCGCUGUCGAGGCGAGCUCUUUGUCCUCCCGAGCGUUUGGCGUGCUGCACAAACAGGACGCGAUCAUCCAAAAAUCCCUAACGCCCAAAGACACCCUGAUUGUCAGCAUCGGGGGGAACGACAUCGCACUAGUGCCGAGUCUGUUGACCGUCGCGAACUUACUUGUCCUCAGUUGGUUGGUCCCGAAAACCUGCACGGAAAAAUGUGCCUGCAGCGUCGGGCCGCCGAAUCUCGUUCCGGACAUGGGCUGUUGCUGCGGCUGCCAUGUGCUGAACUGUGCCCAGAGCUAUCUCUGCGGGUGGCCACCGGGAUUUGGGUACUUCGUGGAUUUAUUCAAAAACCGCGUGAAGAACUAUGUGAAGAAACUGGUGAAGAUCUCUUCAACCGGGCGGGUGAAGAAGAUGAAACCGAGACGCAGCAGCAAGAGCAGGCUUUGGAGCUAA